CUCUAGUGUUCACUUAACCUAAAAAUUGUUGUGGUGACAUGAAAGUAAGCAGAGUUUAAAAUUGUUUGUAAACAUGUUUAAAAACACGUUUCAGAGUGGUUUUUUGUCAAUUUUGUACAGUAUAGGCAGCAAGCCUUUGCAAAUCUGGGACAAGAAGUGUAAGAACGGACAUAUUAAACGCAUAACAGAUGAAGACAUCCAGUCUUUGGUUUUGGAGCUCAUCGGUUGUAAUGUGAGCACUACGUAUAUCACAUGUCCAGCGGACCCCAAGAAGACCCUCGGCAUAAAGCUGCCCUAUCUGGUGAUGAUUGUGAAAAAUUUAAAGAAGUAUUUUACAUUUGAAGUUCAGAUAUUGGAUGACAAGAACGUCCGUCGGAGAUUCAGAGCAAGCAACUACCAAUCAACAACCAGGGUGAAACCAUUCAUAUGCACGAUGCCAAUGCGUUUGGAUGAAGGCUGGAACCAAAUCCAGUUCAAUGUUGCUGACUUUACCAGAAGAGCCUAUGGCACAAAUUACGUGGAAACACUCCGCGUGCAAAUUCACGCUAAUUGUCGUAUCCGGAGAGUGUAUUUUUCUGACAGACUAUAUUCUGAAGAUGAGCUGCCUGCUGAAUUCAAGCUUUUCCUGCCUAUACAGAAUAAGACGCGAACGGCUGUAGCACAAUAGUAUUUUUAGGGAUUUUGAGAAUAAAUUUAUUCUUGGACUGCACUAUUGAUUAUAAGACACGCGAGUGAAAUUGUAUAUUUUGGCUGUGGCACAAAGUAAUAUGCUAAUAAACAUGUCAAACACCA